AGUGAAUUUAGAAUUAUUUCAUAAGACUCCGUUACAAUCGAGUUUUAUUAAAAUUCAUAAACAAAAGUGAUAAUGCCAGAACCACCGCGAUUACUCGUCCUCUACGGCAGCCAGACAUUCACAGCCCAAGAAAUCGCUGAAAGAUUAUGGCGAACAACCAAAGCAUUAGGUUUUCGAGGCCCGGUUCAGGCGAUGGACGAUUACCCCAUACAAAAGCUUAUUCAAGAAGAAUUUGCGCUCUUUGUGUGUGCUACAACGGGCGACGGAGACGAGCCGGACGAUAUGAAGAAGUUUUGGAAGUUUUUAUUACGUAAAAACCUGCCUUCCAACUCUUUGGUUAAGCUCAAGUUUGGGGUUCUGGGAUUGGGUGAUUCGACGUAUUCUAAAUUCAAUUUUGCUGGCAAGAAGCUGCAUAAGCGGUUGAUGCAGUUAGGAGCCACGCCUUUAGUAGAUAUUGGUCUUUGUGAUUAUCAACAUGACUUAGGCCAUGAAGGUGUGAUGAUGCCAUGGUUUAAAAAAUAUUGUCAUGAACUCCAAAACUAUUUUCCUCAAUUACAAAUAGAUGGUUAUGACCUGAGAUUCAUUCCUCGGUGGAAAGUAUCACUUUUAAAAGAUUCUGCUGAUAUACCAGAUGAUAUAGUUACGGAGGAUAUUUAUUUUGCUAAAGGAAUAAAGGAUCACUUUGUUGAUGCUAAGCUUUUGGAGUUAGAAAAAAAUAUAAGAACCACAGAUGAAUCACAUUUCCAAGAUGUAAGAUUACUAACGUUUACCACGGUAAAUACCACAACUAUAGAUUAUGAACCGGGUGAUGUGUUCAACAUUAGGCCCCGUAAUGCUAAAGAAGAUAUACAAGACCUGUUUGAGAUCUUUAAAACACACAAUAUGGAUAUUAAACCUUACUACAGGUUAUUGGUAGAGGAAUGCCAUGAAGACAUGCCAGUGCCAGAUUUCCUAAAGGAGCCCCUAACGUUAUAUGAAAUAGCGGAACAGUAUUGGGACCUAAAGUUCUACCCUACCCAGUAUGUCUUCUCUCUUCUGGCGCUAGUGUCGCAGGAUAAGUUAGAGCGAGAAAAAUGUAUAGAGCUCAGUUCUGCGCAGGGGCAAGAGGAUUGGUUGAAUUAUUGUAGAAGACCUAAGAGAACUGUUCUUGAGGUUCUUCACGAUUUCCACAAAUCCGCAUCAAAGUUGACCAUAGAGAUAUUGUUCGAAUUGUUCUCGCCUAUCAAACCUCGGUCUUUCUCCAUCGCCAGCAGCUCCCUGCCCUCUGGUGGCCGAAAGAUGGAUUUACUAGUAGCAGUAGUGAAGUACUACAGCAAGUUGAAGAGGCCCCGUUUGGGUCUAGCCUCCAACUGGCUGAAGGACCUCAGACCGGGGGACAAGGUGUACGGGUGGAUCAAGAAAGGGACCAUGAGGUUCCCUAAAGAUACGUCCACCCCGCUAAUCCUAAUCGGCCCCGGUACCGGCCUCGCCCCGUUCCGCGCUCUUAUACAACACCAACUCCACCACAACACGGCUGACAAACACACAACCCACCUGUUCUUCGGGUGUCGGUACAGAGGGAAGGACUUCCAUUGCAGGGGGGAGGUAGAGCGGUGGGCGGGGGAGGGGAAAGUCAGCCUGUAUUGCGCGUUUUCGAGGGACCAGGAACAGAAAAUAUACGUACAACACAAAAUCGCAGAGCACAGCUCAACGCUCCGCUCUCUAAUAAUGGACCAAAACGCACACAUCUAUAUAUCGGGCAACGCUAAAAACAUGCCUGACAAUGUGAGGGAGGCUUUAGGGGAAAUAGUGGGGAAAGGGGAGGUCAACGCUUUGGAGGAGGGUGGGAGGUUGCAGGUUGAGGCGUGGUGAAUCUGGUUUGACAUUAACUUUCAAAUUA